AUCGCUUCCACCGGGUUUUUCCUUCCCUAAGUGCUACGGAAGUUCGAACGAUAUUUCGUCACAUUUUCAGGAGUCACACGAACGCGAGGUGAUUGUGUUGACUCACUAGAGAUCAGCGGAGGAAGCCGGAUGCACUCACGUGUCACUCGGAGACUAUCACUGACAAUUCUUCAACGUUUUCUGCUGCUGAUAAAUAAAUAAUCAUCAUGACUACCGAGAGAAAGGGGACCUACAAGGUAGAAUAUCUCCAGAAAAUUGAACGACAGGUGCAGGAGAAGUGGGAGGCCCAGAAGGCCCACGAGGCGAAUGCACCCACUGCACCCAGAAAAUCUGGAGAUGAGAAGUUCCUGGCUACUUUUCCAUUUCCUUACAUGAAUGGACGACUUCAUCUUGGCCACACAUUUUCCCUGUCGAAAUGCGAGUUCGCAGUCCGUUACAACCGCCUCCUCGGGAAGAAGGUUCUCUUCCCCUUCGGCCUUCACUGCACCGGAAUGCCGAUCAAAGCCUGUGCUGACAAGUUGAAGCGCGAGCUGGAGCUGUACGGUUACCCCCCGAAAUUCCCCCAGGACAGUGAGACCACGGAGGAGCUCUCCGACGACAUAAUAAUGAAGGACAAAUCGAAGGGGAAGAAGAGCAAAGCAGUGGCAAAAUCCUCCUCAGCAAAGUACCAGUGGCAGAUAAUGCAGUCCCUGGGUCUCCAGGACUCGGAGAUUCGAAACUUCGCUGACGCCGCGUAUUGGCUGGAUUAUUUUCCACCCCUGGCUGUUCAGGACCUCAAAUCCAUCGGUCUCCACGUGGACUGGCGACGAACUUUCAUUACCACCGACGCCAAUCCCUUCUUUGAUUCCUUCGUCAAGUGGCAGUUUCGUCACUUGAAGUCCCGGAACAAAGUGAAGUACGGAAAACGACACACUAUCUUCUCACCGAAAGACAAUCAGCCCUGCAUGGAUCACGACAGAUCGUCCGGGGAGGGUGUGGGCCCGCAGGAGUACACACUCGUCAAGAUGAAGGUCCUGGAACCCUUCCCUGAGAAAUUAGCCAGUUUGAAGGGGAAAAAAGUAUUUCUGGUUGCUGCUACCCUGCGGCCUGAGACCAUGUACGGACAGACUAACUGCUGGGUACACCCGGACCUGCGGUACAUUGCUUAUACACUUGCCAAUGGCGAGGUGUUUGUAUCGACGAGGAGAGCCGCCAGAAAUAUGUCGUAUCAAGGAUUCAUGAAGACUGAAGGUCAAGUAGACGUAGUGAUGGAGCUAACAGGCCAGGAGAUCCUCGGACUGCCCCUGAGUGCGCCUUUGACCAGUCAGAAGGUCAUCUACACCCUGCCAAUGCUGACGAUAAAAGAAGACAAGGGAACAGGCAUCGUCACCUCGGUACCCAGUGACUCCCCCGACGAUUAUGCAGCCCUAGUGGAUCUCAAGAAGAAACAGCCCUUCAGGGAGAAGUACGGAAUAAAGGACGAGAUGGUCCUCCCUUACGAGCCCAUCCCCACUCUGAAUAUCCCAGAGUUCGGGGAUCUCUCCGCCGUGACUGUCUACAAUCAGCUGAAGAUCCAGUCGCAGAACGACAAGGCCAAGCUCCUGGAGGCCAAGGAGAUGGUGUACCUCAAGGGCUUCUACGAUGGAAUUCUCCUCGUGGGUGAGUACAAGGGGAAGAAGAUCCAGGAUGUCAAGAAGCUCAUACAGAAGAAGAUCAUUGAUGAUGAGGGUGGAGUCAUAUAUUUCGAGCCGGAGAAGACGAUUAUCUCCAGGUCCAAUGACGAGUGUGUGGUAGCUCUCUGUAACCAGUGGUAUCUGAAUUACGGCGAGGAGACCUGGAAGAAGGAGGCGGAGAAGUGUUUAGCCAGUCUCGAGACAUUUCACGAAGAAGUCAGGAAGAGCUUCCAUGCCACUCUCGAUUGGCUGCACGAAUACGCUUGCUCCAGGACUUAUGGACUGGGGACCAAAUUACCGUGGGACGAAAGUUGGCUCAUUGAGUCCCUUUCGGAUUCCACUAUCUACAUGGCAUACUACACCAUCGCGCAUCUUCUGCAAGGUGGAACAUUCAGAGGUGACAAGGGCAAUGCCCUGAACAUAAAGCCAGAGGAGAUGACCCCAGAAGUAUGGGACUACAUUUUUUUCAAAGACUGCAAGCUCCCGAAGACCUCCAUCAAGAAGGAAGCCCUCGACCUCAUGAGAAGGGAAUUUCACUACUGGUACCCUGUGGAUCUCCGAGUGUCUGGGAAGGACCUGAUACAGAAUCACCUGACGUACUACCUUUACAAUCACACUGCCAUUUGGCCGAAAGAGCCCGAACUGUGGCCCCAGGGCAUCAGGGCUAACGGGCAUCUGCUACUAAACUCAGCAAAAAUGUCGAAGUCUGAUGGCAACUUUUUGACCCUCACCGAGGCUGUGGGAAAAUUCUCAGCUGACGGAAUGAGACUCUGCCUGGCUGAUGCUGGCGAUUCCGUGGAGGACGCCAACUUCGUGGAGACCAUGGCAGACGCUGGGAUCCUUCGUUUGUUCACUUUCAUUGAGUGGGUCAAGGAAGUCCUGGGGAGCCAAGAUAACUUCAGGAAGGGGGAGCCCAAUACCAUCAAUGACCAAGUGUUCGUUAGUGAAAUGAACUUGAAGAUCAAGGAGACCGGGGAGCACUUUGGGAAGAUGCUCUUCAAGGAGGGCUUGAGGACUGGCUUCUUCGAGCUCCAGGCUGCUAGGGACAAGUAUCUCCAGUUGAGUGCUCUUGAUGGAGUGCACGGUGGACUUAUUAUGAAGUAUAUUGAAAUGCAGACUGUUCUCCUGGCGCCCAUUUGCCCACAUGUCUGCGAGUACGUGAGAGAGAUCAUGGGACUGGGGAGCGUGCUGCAGGCCAGGUGGCCCGAAAUUGGACAGAUUGAUGAGGUGCUCAUCAAGUCGUCGGAGUACCUGAUGGACGCUGCCCACUCAUUCCGUAUUCUCCUGAAAAACCACUGCACCGUGAAAAAAUCAGGAAAAGGAAAAACUGAAGUGACACUCGUUGAAAAACCCAAUCACGGAACUAUCUGGGUGGCCAAAUCAUUCCCUACGUGGCAGAGUAUUGUCCUCACCACAAUGAAGGAUCUUUGGAAGAAAAACGGAAAUACCAUGCCUGAAAAUAAAGCUAUCGCUGCUGAGCUGGGGACCAAGGGAGAACUGAAGAAGUACAUGAAGCGAGUGAUGCCAUUCGUACAGACGACGAGGGAGAAGAUGGAGAGCCUGGGGAUUGCUGCACUCAACCUCACCCUGGAUUUCGAUGAGGCGGAGGUGCUCAGAGGGAGCCUGGAAUAUCUCAAGAGCACUCUCGAUCUCGACGAGGUGGACAUCAAGUUCACUGAGGAGGCACCAGAGAAAACGAGGGAGGAGUGUUGUCCUGGGGCGCCCUACAUGAGCUUUCACAGCACUCCAGGGGUUUUUGUCACUGCCGUCAAUCCCCAGAAGUGCAGUGGAAUGUUCAGUAUGACUGUGAAGAUUGGGGAGGGCAACACUGGUGCUGAUAUCGCCAGGAAAAUCGCCAAGAACAGUAGGAGCAUCAAAGAUGCCUCCUCAGUUCUUCUCUACCGCUUCGAGGAUCCAGUACUGGGCCCCAGAAGCAUCCCCACAUGCCAGGACAUUCUAAAGGGAAAAGUUUUGAUUCCCUCAGACGCAGUAUUCUCUAUAAAUACUGAUACCAGUGCUGUCACUAUGACAGCCGGAAAAGUCUACGAGAUCGGCAACGAUAUUUUGUAUUAUGUGAAGGAAAACAUGAACUAGAAUCAUUUCAUCAGGUCGCAGGAAACAAUAUCGCGUUCAUUAGUGAAAUUAAACUAUUUAUUUUCAAAAAAUACAAAUAAUGCUGAUUAGUACGA